AUGAGGGGCCUCAAUGGCACUCCCUUCCAGCCAGCCUCCCUGCAGCUGACAGGCAUUCCUGGGAUGCAGACAGACCAGUCCUGGGUUGCCCUGAUUUUCUGCAUCCUCUACCUGAUCUCCAUCAUAGGCAACCUCAUCAUCCUCGCUCUGGUGUUUCGACAUCCUGCUCUGCACCAACCCAUGUACUAUUUCCUCUCUAUGCUCUCUCUCAAUGAUCUGGGAGUGUCCCUUUCGACACUUCCCACUGUCCUUGCUACCUUCUGCUUCAACUACCACCGUGUUGGCUUCGAUGCUUGCCUGGUCCAGAUGUUCUUCAUUCACACUUUCUCUUUCAUGGAAUCAGGCAUACUGUUGGCCAUGAGCUUUGAUCGUUUUGUGGCUAUCUGUGACCCACUACACUAUGCCACUGUGCUCACCAAUAGCUGCAUCAUGGCUAUGGGACUGGGCAUCCUCACCAAGAGUUUCACCACUCUCUUCCCUUUUCCCUUUCUGGUGAAACGACUGGACUUCUGCAAGGGCAAUGUUUUGCAUCACUCGUACUGCCUCCAUCCAGACCUCAUGAAAGUGGCAUGUGGAGAUACACAUGUUAAUAACAUCUAUGGGCUCUUUGUGGUCAUUUUCACCUAUGGUGUGGAUUCAACUUUCAUCCUGCUUUCCUAUGCUUUGAUUCUGAGGACCGUGCUGGCCAUUGCAUCCAAGGAGCAGCAGCUGAAGGCACUCAACACCUGCAUGUCACACAUCUGUGCAGUGCUGGUCUUUUAUGUGCCCAUAAUUGCUGUCUCCAUGAUUCACCGCUUCUGGAAAAGUGCCCCACCUGUUGUUCAUGUUGUGAUGUCCAAUGUCUACCUUUUUGUACCCCCCAUGCUCAACCCAAUCAUCUACAGUGUGAAGACCAAGGAGAUCCGCAGAGGGAUCCUCAAGGUCUUCCAUAAAUCCUAG